AUUGUCAGUGCUAAAUCCUUAUCAGUAUUGUCAGUGCUUAUAUGAGUGGCUAGCCUCACCUUGGAUUUAGUACAAACAUAUCAAUGUACCAGUAAUAUGGCUUACUGCAUGACUAUAUAACAGUACGUUAUAAAUAACCUAGGUUAAAAAAAUCAACCUAGGUUAAAUCGAAAAUAACCUGAAAUCAAAUUUGACCUGUAAGAUAUAUAACUGUUCUGAUUUCUACGUUUAUAAGCUUCCAUAUGUUACAUGGCUAAUCAAACUUUGCUUUCUAAUACGGGAUUUCAGAUACGCGGGACUGUAGCGCUAAAGCUCAGGAAAACCUUAAUUGUCUCGCGGUAGACGAAGCGCCACAAAGGGCAAAACUGACGAAAAUUGGAAUAUUAUUCCAAGUCGGCUGAUCAUGAUAAGAAUCUUAUGGGCGUGCGUUAAUUAAUGACGAAAGCUAGCGCGCUCAAAAGAGUGUGCGUCAACAGUAUUUAAGCGACUUAAGUUGUUUUGUUUUUAGUAUUUAACUCAUAGUUUGCUUAGAUUGCUGUCUUGAUAUUACGAGCAAUGUACAAAGGCCAUUCAGAAAAAAACAUAUAAAACACUAAACGAUCCACACAGAGACGAAAAACUGCUCUUAGAGCAAGAACCUUUUUUUUACGCAAAGUCUUGCAAAGAAAAGUAUUUAUACACGCAAUACCGCUCGCAGAUGACAACACCCUCGUCGCCGCUCCAGUACCUGUAAAUGCCAAUGUUUUUAUCUGUUGAUUUUGUUAAAUAACAAAUGGUAAACGAUUCCUAUUAAUAAUUGCAAAUUAGACACUUCAGGGUUAUGCGCUUCUGAAAACACCAAGUAGACUGAAGGCUAAGGAAACUUUUCAAGAGCAUCCCUUUAACUUACUUUUGUUGCGUUUUACCUUUCCCAAUUUCAUUUAGUAAUGGGAGGCUGUUUUCAAUUGGAAUUUCAGGCUCGUUCCCAGCUUGUAAUUCGUAUAGUUCGUUGACUACUUCGGAUAGGCUUGUUAGUUACGCAGCGUCUUCUUCAAAAUGUGACAGUGGCUUGGGAAAUAACUGGUACCGCUUUGUUGAAAAGGCUGGGACAUCCAUGCCAGAGAUCUGCCCUCCUAGACGCCGUUGCAGCGCCAAUGCUCCUGGUUGGUUAAACGGAAAGCACCCAACAGUUGAAGAAGGAGAGGUAACGAGGACUGUAUGCUUCCAAUACGGUGCCUCAUGUUGCCGCUGGAGUAAAGAUGUCAAAGUUUUUAACUGUUCCGGUUUCUACGUUUAUAAGCUGCCAAAUGUUCCAUUGUGUUAUUUGCGAUACUGUGGCAAAUCCCAUGGUUAGUCUUUUUAGUUAUGCCCCUUUUGAGUUCCGAUUCAUGACACCUAAGCAAGGGUUACUUUGCCGUUUCUACGUAUAAAAAUGAUAUUUUCUUUCGUUUGCGCAAUUCAGUUAGUUACUUCAUCCUAUUCCUAAUUUACAUAUGAUAAUCCCAGCUAAGAUAGCCAAUAAUUUUGUGUACUGGUGCUUUAAGUUAGCCAACUGUUUUUCCUUGUAUCUCUACCUGUUUGUGGAUGGGCUUGAUUGAAGGUUCAUAAAUCAUUUAGUUUUUUCUUGUCACGACAAGCAAAACUUCCCCGGAGGGCUUUUUUGUUAGUAGUAAUAAAGGAAACAAGUGUCGAUUUUAAUUUCCAGGCUGUAAGAAAAAAUAUUUUAUUGCUAUUCUCACGUCAAAAGCGCAGUGGAUAGAUCACUCACCUCCCACCAAUAUGGCAAGGGUUAAAAUCCCUCGUCGACGCCAUAUGUGAGUUGAGUUCGUUGUUUGUUUUUCUCUUUUGGUCCGAAAGGUUUUCCUCAAGGUACUCCGGUUUUCCCCUCUCCUCAAAAUCAAAUCGUUACUUAUUUUAUUUAAGAAGCAAUGUUAAUUGGGAAUGACUGAUGCAUCAUGCUCAGAGGAAGUAUUCUAAACCCUUCUAUCGCAGUGGCAAUACUGUGAAUAACCUCACGCAUCUUUUGUGUGAAGCUGUGUCUAUUCAUGCUUGUUAUAGGAUUUUACUUUACUGGGACCAGUCUCCAUCAGCUCAUUCCAUAUUUCUUUAUCUCUUCUAACGAACAAACACCAGUCGCAUUUGUCAGUAAACCAGCACGACCCGGAAACUCCUAGGCUUGUCAUCUGUUGAAUGCACGUCGCACAGAAGCUUAUUGCUCGGCGGUCUCCUUGAGUAAUUCCCUCUGUUGAUCGGUUCAAUCCCUUUAGCGAUGAAUAAUAGGUGGUGGUUAAUUGCUCAGGUUGCCAUAAGGGCCGCCUCAUUCCCUUCUAUUAAGGAAUUAAAUGCCUUUAAUGCAUCUAUUAGCUAUGCUGCGUCAGUAAUAUCGGCCUCGAAGAUGUUACGCACCACGCGGACGGCCGCCACACGUCCAUUAUUUUGACAAGCACACUACUGUAGUGGACCACUGACGCUGAUAAAGUCUUCUCUCCUCACCCUCAUCACGCAAUUUUAGAGCAAGGCU